AUGGCGGCGGCUCACAGAGACCCUGACCCUGUGGGGGACGCCUCUCUUUCACCUCGAUUCCCGCUUUUUCGUUUUGGCCCUGACUGGGAGAGCACGGCACCAACUGUCUACUCAGUGAACAGCUGCCAGCCUGGCGGCACCCUGCACCUGCCGUCGCUGGCCCGCCAGAAGGCCUACCUGUGGCCGGCAGAGAUGGAGUGGUGGAUAGUAGCGGAAGGGAAGGUGGCAGCGGCUCACAGGGACCCUGUGGGGGACGCCUCUCUUCCACCCCGAUUCCCUGUGCCGAAAUACGGUGCUGCGUUUGCGAGCGAUGGAGCGGUGUAUGGCGGGGCGUUUGUCAGCGAGCUACGGUUCAGUUCUCGUGUGGAGCUCAGCUAUACAAUCACACUCGUCGGGCCCUCGACCAACCCAGUGGCAUUAGAGCUUCUCUUUCUUCAAAGCAUUCUGACAGAUCGCAUGGAUCACAUUCCUCUGCCAUGCUUCUGGUUCACGUCACUGCCCCAUACGCCCUUCGUUUCUGGUACCACCGAGACAGAGCAGCCACGUUCGAGGCAGCAGAUGCUGCCACCUGGGCGCCUGGAGCUGGCGCUGACGUGGCAGCGGUACGGAGCGCCAGGUGCAUCAGCAUCAGCAGCAGCAACACCAUCAGCAUCAUCAUCAUCAUCAUCAUCAGCAGCAGCAGCAGCAGCAGCAGCACCACCACCACCACCAGCAGCAGCAGCAUGGGCAUGGGAGGAGGUGGAGGACCCGCCCAUCUACACCAACAUCCAGUACCCCUUCCCCAUCCAGCCGCCCUUCGUUCCCACCGACAACCCCACCGCCUGCUACCGCCGCCGCUUCUCACUCCCUGCCUCCUGGUCAGGCCAGCACAUCACCCUGUGCUUCGAGGGAGUGGACUCCGCCAUCCAUGUGUGGCUGAACGGGCACUACGUGGGGUACAGCCAGGACAGCCGCCUCCCUGCCGAGUUCAAUGUCACACCUUAUUGUAUCACGCGUGGGAAGGAAAAGGGCGAAGAAGGCACUUCCGAGGGGAAGAAUCGGGAGGGGAAAACUCGUGAAGCAGAGGAGAAAGUGCGGGUGGGAGGGGAGGGGGAGAGAGUGGGGGUCGGGGAGGAGGGGGAUGGGGAUGGGGAUGAGGAUGGGGAUGGGGAAGGGGAGGGGGAGAAUGUGUUGGCGGUGAUGGUGGUGCGGUGGAGCGAUGGGUCGUAUCUGGAGGACCAGGACCACUGGUGGCUGUCUGGCAUGCACCGCGACGUCACUCUGCUGUGCCGCCCACAGGUGCACAUUGCAGACUUGGAGGUGAAGACUGAAGUGGCUGACGACCUGCAGUCCGCCACAUUGAAGCUAGAGGUGCUGCUGGAGGGCUGGCCCCGCUGCGACAUCCAAUCCCUGCUCGACAGCUGUCACGUCGAGGCCUACCUCUUCGACGCGUGGCGCUCCCCACCGCCUCCACCUCAGCACCCCCUCUCUCCCUCCUCCUCCCCCUCCUCCGAUCCCUCCUCCUUCCUCUCCUCCUCCCUCUCCUCAGUCCCCAUGUCCCCCACCUCCUGCCCCCCUAAAGACCCUGAAUUGGAUGAUUUAGAAGCGCUGAGGCUCCCAGAAGCAGCGGUUUUCCAGGCUGUGGGGUUGGGAGCGGGCGACAAGAGAGCGGAAGGAGUGGGAGUGGGUGGAGGAGGGGGAGAGGGGAGUGGAGGAUGGAAGGAUGAUAAGGUGGUGGUGAUUGGGAACACGAUGCGAGUGCGGAUGGAGGCGCAAGUGGAUAAGGACAAACUUGUGUUGUGGUCUCCUGAUCAGCCACACCUGUACACGCUGGUGGUGAAGCUGGCAGAUGCCUCGGGGCGGGCACAGCAGGUGGAGGCGGCGAGGGUGGGGGUGAGACGGGUGGAGGUGCGGGGGAGAGAGCUGCUGGUGAAUGGGAGGGCUGUGGAGGUGAAAGGGGUGAACCGGCAUGAGCACCACCCGCAGACCGGGAAGGUCAACAUUGAGGAGUGCAUGGUCAAGGAUGUGGUGGAGAUGAAGCGGCACAACGUGAAUGCAGUGCGAUGCAGCCACUACCCCAACCACUCCCGCUGGUACGAGCUGACCGAUCUCUUUGGCCUCCUAGUCGUAGACGAGGCCAACAUUGAGACGCACGGGUUUGAUCCAGACAACCACCUCAACAGGAAGGGGCGGCAGCCGGCAGAGGACCCCGAGUGGGCGGCAGCGAUGGGCGCGCGGGUGAUGCGCAUGUGCGAGCGCGAAAAGAACCAUGCGAGCGUGGUGGUGUGGUCGCUGGGGAACGAGGCGGGCUAUGGGGCAACGCACGACGCCCUGGCAGCGUGGUUGCGUCACAGGGACCUGUCUCGUCCCAUACACUACGAGGGGGGCGGCUCGCGCACCACUGCCACGGACAUAGUGUGUCCCAUGUACAUGCGCGUGCCGGACAUCAAGGCCAUAGCUGCCGACCCCAAGGAGACCCGCCCUCUCAUCCUCUGCGAAUACGCCCACGCCAUGGGCAACAGCAGUGGCAACCUGGACGCGUACUGGGAUGCCAUUGAGUCAACCCACGGGCUGCAGGGAGGCUUCAUCUGGGACUGGGUGGAUCAGGGCCUGUGGAAGGACAUGGCUCCACGCAUCAGCACGCGGGUCGACAAGAUUACCAGCGGCAGUACCUGCAAUGGCAUCACUGGCACUGCAACAGCAAGUCCUGACACUGACCCUAAUGCCAAAGAUGCUGCAGAAUCACCUAGUGAUCCCCCUUCGGUUGGUGCUGCGGAGGAAAUGCCAACUGGAAUAGAGGGGCUGCAGGAGCAGCAGAAGCAGCAGCAGCAGCAGCAGCAGCAGCAGCAGCAACCAUGGGAGGAGGUGGAGCUGCCAGUGAAACAUCCUGGAAGGUUCUGGGCGUAUGGGGGCGUCUUUGGGGACACACCCAACGACCUCAACUUUUGCAUCAACGGGCUCGUGUGGCCCGACAGGACUCCCCACCCUGCCAUGCGCGAGCUGGCACAUGUGUAUCGCUACUUUGGCUUUAAGUGGACGGAGCAGGGUGACGUUGAGGUUUUCAACAAGAGUUUCUACCAGCCCUCCUCCGCCUUCUCCUUCUCCUUCUCUCUCUUCUCCCUCCCUCCCCCCCCGCAAUCCACCACCGCCCUUCCCCCCUCUCCUCCCACUCCCAUCCUCUCCUGCCCACUCGCCAUUCCUACCAUCCUGCCACGUCAGUGCCACGUCAUCCCCAGCCCCAUCCCUGCUGACCUGGACUGGGCGGCGCAUGGUGUCAGCGCUGACUCAGAGCUCUUUGCACUGUUCACUGCUACAGUGAAUGAGAGAACAAGGUGGUGUGCUCCGGGGCAGGUUGUCGCAUCUGUUCAGCUGCCCUUUAAGCUGCCCGAAGGAGCUAUUUCCACCAAGCCUGCCAUCUCCGAACCUGAGCUGUCCGAGCCUGCUCUACCCAUCCGCCAAUCAUCUGUUCUCGUCACAUCCACUGACGGCUCGUUCGCAAUCACUGUUCACGUGAAGACCGGUGGCGCACUUUCCUGGAAGGUCAAUGGGUCUGACCUGCUGCUUCCCCCGCUGCCGUCUUCGCCCUGCCUCGCCCUGUGGCGAGCACCCACGGACAACGACAAGGGAGGCGGCGCUGCCAGCUACGCUGCCCGAUGGAAGGCUGCUGGGCUCAACAGCCUCUCUGCUGCUGACGCUGGGGGGGUGAUUUCCCUAAAAGGGGACGCUACGGUGGUGUCUGCAGGGAGAGGGGAAGGAGAGGGGAAGGACGAAGAGAAGAGGGUUGAAGAUGGGGACGGGAAAGAGGGGCAGCAAGGCGAGGGUGAUGAUGAGCCUUUAAAAGUUUCGAUUGGAAAGGAUGGGUUGGUCUCUGUGGUAGUAGAGGCAACUUUUCGACCCCGGGCAGAUGAAAUUUCUGAGGAGGGAGCUGUGGAGGCUGGUGCUGCCCCAACCAAUCUGGUCGAGGCUUAUGGAGGGGCAGAAGCUGAAGCAUCUGCCAGCGCCGGGCAGGCUAAAAAUAUUUCCGACGUGGACUGCUGGGUCCGGCUCAAGUCAGAAUGGCAGAUCCAUGGCAACGGGCAGGUUGUUGUAAAAUUUUGGGUGGACCCAAGCCCUGCUCUGCCGCCUCUACCGCGUGUUGGAAUGCAGUUCCGGGCAGCAAAAAAACUCUCCAACGCUGUCUGGUCCGGGCGGGGCCCGCACGAAUGUUAUCCUGACCGGAAGCAGUCUGCACACGUGGCGCUUCACUAUUUGCCGAUGAAAUCCCUGCACGUGCCGUACAUUGCUCCUGGGGAGAAUGGAGCGAGAGUAGACACGCGUUGGGUCACACUCUUUACAAGCACACAGGAGGGAGAACAACAGGGGUCGGUGGGGGAACCACAGAAGGGUGCAGAAGGCGGUUCGCAGCCAGAAGCACAGGGGGGAGCACAGGUGGAAGCGCAGGGGGAGGAAUGGAAGGAGGCAGAUGGGGGGAAGGGGAGGGAGGUAUUCCAGAAGGUUCCAUACUUAGGGCUUGUUAUGGAGCCAGUGGAGAUAGGAGGAGGGGAGGGAGGUGGAGGAGAGCGUGAGGAGAGUGGGGAGGGAGGGAAGGCGGUGGUGCAUUUCAGUGCGAGUGGGUAUUCUGCAGAGGAGCUGCAUCGGGCACAGCAUGAGGAGGAGCUGGUGGAAGACGAGGAGUACAACCAUGUGCAUCUCGAUCAUGCCAUCAUGGGGGUGGGCGGGGACGACAGCUGGACUCCAGCUGUCCACCGGACCGAAAUCACAGGAUACCUACCUGAUGACCUCCCCCUUCCCACAACACCCACACAACCCAUUCAGGUGCACCUCGAUCAUGCCAUCAUGGGGGUGGGCGGCGACGACAGCUGGACCCCAUCGGUGCACAAGGAGUUUCUGCUGCCGCCCCGCCCGUACGCAUUUGGAGUGGCAUUCCGGCCCCUUACUGGGCGAAUGGAGUGA